CAUAAUCAUAAUCUUAAUUAACUUAACUACUCUACAUGACUUAGAAGUGAUACAAGUGUACAUAUUUGGUGAACCCAUUCCAUAUACGUACCACUGUCAUUUUAUAUAACUAUCAUUUUUUAACAGAGAAGCAAGAAACAGACACACAAUAAACUUUAAACAAUUAAAGAGAAACAAAAAACAAAAAGUACUAUAUAUAUACUAUCCAACACACCCAAAUAACAUAAACAUAUUCACACCUUUCUUCCUCACGUUGUAUUGUAAUAUUAACAACAUUAACACACACAACCUUCAACCACUCACGUACUACCAAAAAAAAAACAAAAUCUUCAAAUUUUGUUUGAAACAUUCAAAAGACCAAAAAAAUGUCAUUACCAGAAACGGCGUCGUUAUGGUGGAACAGUAGUCAACAACAACAACAGAAAACGCAACAAGAAGAAGAAGGUGAAAUAGAAGACGACGUCGUUUCAGACACACUAACAAAAAUGAAAUCAACACCAGAAGAAGAAGAAAAAGAAUCCAUGUUUGAGAAACCAUUAACACCAAGCGACGUAGGAAAACUGAACCGACUCGUUAUACCAAAACAACAUGCUGAAAGAUAUUUCCCACUCGACUCAGAAGAAGUAAAAGGUUUAUUACUGAGUUUUGAAGACGAGUCAGGUAAGUGUUGGAGAUUUCGUUAUUCAUAUUGGAAUAGUAGUCAGAGUUAUGUUCUAACUAAAGGUUGGAGUCGUUAUGUUAAAGAUAAACGUCUUGAUGCUGGUGAUGUUGUUUUGUUUCAACGACACCGUACUCAGCCGUCACGGUUUUUUAUUUCUUGGAGGCGCCGCCAUGGUAGUAAUUCUACACCACCGGCUUAUGUUAGUAAUAGUAUUGAUGGUAAUGGGGUUGUUUCUGUUGGGUGGGCCAGAGGACUUUAUCCUGCGCCGAAUGCUUAUCCUACGCAUCAUCAUCAUCCCUUGUCUAAUUACCAUGCAGGUGGAGGGACCGAAAGUCAGAAUACAAGCACAGGUUGUGGAAACAAUUCAAGUUCGAGUACAUCCAGGGUGCUAAGGCUAUUUGGAGUGAACAUGGAAUGCCAACCUGAUAAUGAUAAUAAUAUUAAUGAUGAUUCCCAAACUAAUUUCACACCAGAUAAUAAUCAAUGCUCUUAUAAUAAUAAUAAUAAUAAUAACAAUAAUAUCUCAUCAACAACAACAACAACACAAGGCACAGCUAUUCCACAAUUCUACCACCACCUCCACCGUCAACCUCCUUCAAACCCUCACCAUCACAUGCUACGUCAACAACCAUAUUAAUUUCUAUUACAAGACUAGUCAAGAUUCAAGACAUGCAUGCCCUCUCUCCUUUUCUAACUAGAUUCUCUCUUACUUUGUUUUUUUUUUUUUUUUAAGCUUCAGGGUUAAGGUAUCCCUUUUAGUUUAUUUUUAAUUAUUAUAACAAAUGACGACUAUGUCAUUAACAUGAUCAACUGUUCUUUAUUAUUAUUAUAAGUAUAUUUAGGUUCAUGUUGAAGAUUGCCUAGGAUCUUUCUUGUCUUAAAUUCAGGAGAUGCAUGUAAAUGGAAAUAGCUUGUUUAUUUCUUUCAUGAGAUUUUCUUGUUCCCUAUCAAUCAAGCAAAUAUUCAUUACUAUCCACUAUA